CUCCAUCCAGUGCUGAGAACAGGAGCAUUUGCGCAGAUAGUCUGCGCUGGGGCGACAACACACGCACCGUAUUUCAUCCCCUUGGAAGUUCGCUGCUUUGCUCCCGCUGCUGAGAGCCACCCAGCCUGCGAAAGUGUGUGUGUGUGUGCAAAAAAGGAGCAAGGGCGACCGAACCGCCGCAUCAGGGAUCCACCAUGGUGAUCAAAGUGUACAUAGCAACGUCCUCUGGAUCCACUUCGAUUAAAAAGCAGCAGCAGGAUGUGAUGGGCUUCCUGGCAGCCAAUAAGAUCGAGUUCGAGGAGUGCGACAUCGCGGCCAACGAGGUCAACAGGAAGUGGAUGAGGGAGAAUAUUCCGGAGGAGUCCAGGCCGGCCACGGGGAACCCUCUGCCCCCACAGAUAUUCAAUGAAAGCAAAUAUUGCGGGAACUACGAGGCCUUCUUCGAUGCCAGAGAGGACAACGCCGUGUAUGCAUUUCUGGGUCUGACCGCUCCCCCGGGCUCCAAGGAGGCCGAGGCUUUAGCAAAGAAAGCGCAGCAGUAGCAGCUGGACGUCGUUUCUACCUGAGACCUCAGGCCUUCUCCCCCCCCCCACCUCCUCCAUCCACCUCCACCCAGAACCUGGACCCAGACUGACCUGGAAGAGACCCAGGAAGAAAAAAAAAAACAAGCAACACUUCACUCAGCUUAUAUAUAUAUAUAUGUGGACGGUUUCGAUUUAUGUUUUUUAAUAAUCUGUGUUCAGCUGUGCCUUGCCAGCUGUAGUGAAAGGAGGUAUUAGAGCAGAGUAUUAUGGGUAUCUAAAUUCAGCUCUGCUUCCUCCCGUUAACCUCAGCCCGCUAAGCCUAUUGGCCUCACGCCAUGUCAAUCAACCUUUAGCACGCCCGUGUAGCUUCCUAUCCGACCAUCCGACGCACAGAAUAUUCUAACGCAGAUUCAGCAGAACGUCGUCCACGUUGGCGUCGAAGCAUCGUUUAUUUCACUCGUUUUAAAUCAGAAGAAGUCUUAAAAACCGCACUGAAUCCAAUAACGUGCUACUGCCAGUUACGUCACCAUCGCCAAAACUGCAGCACCAAGUUUCCAUCACAGUCCCAUUCGGUGUGUUUUAUUUACUUUAUAUUGUCUUAAUGCUGUUUUAAUAGCAAACUUUUUUCUACGAGAUGAUAUAUGUUUAAAAAAAAUAAAUAAAAAAGUGAUAAUACAUGCCAAAAUGUGCAAGUCUGCAAACACAGAGGGAUGUGAAAAGCAGUUUUUGUAUGUGCUGUUUCUGUUUUUUUUUUUUUUUUAGGGGAAAUUGGAUAGCUGUUUGUUUUUACUAUAAGAAUCUAGUCUUGCGUUGUGUUGGUAAUCCCCCCGUCUUAGAUAGGUUGGUUCAGCGCCUUCACUCAAGUGAAACAGAAAGAAGAAGAAAAACCCGACUCGAAAAAGAAAAAAAAACAGUCAAAUUUGAAUUAAAUUCUGCCUCCUCGUAACAUUAUCCGUUAUUUUAUAUGUACAAUAAAUAAUUUUAAGUUGA